UAUAUAUGUGUGUGUGUGUGUGUAUGUAUGUGCACACCUAGGUCCCCCCCCCAUCCCGAUAUAAAAAAACGCUGAGAGGCUGAUGAUAAAUGCGUGGGUGUGCGCGCCCGCCCGCCCGCAUCCAGGACGAGACGAGCCUGGAAACGACACCUGGCUGGAGCUGAAGAACGAAGGAGCGACCCCCGCCGGCAAGGCAGCAGGGUAUUUCCCCACUCUCCUGGGGGUGCGGGCAAUGACGUCACGCUCCGAGGAAGAUUCUUUUCCCAUGUUUUCCCUUGGAUGGAAGCAUGCUCUGUUCCACAAGAAACGAUAGCCUUGAAGUAUGAUCAUGGAAAAGGGAAUAAGCUCAGUAGAAGUUCCUCCUAUGUCAGCUCAUGCCACUACAGUAAGGACGAUGGUAAAAGAACAUGAAGCCAAACCAGCUCAAAAAGUGAGACGAGUGGGAUUUGUACUUGUACAUGCAGGUGCAGGUUAUCAUUCUGAAUCCAAAGCCAAAGAAUAUAAACAUGUGUGCAAAAGAGCCUGUCGGAAGGCAAUUGAAAAGCUACAGGCUGGGGCUCUUGUAACAGAUGCAGUGACUGCAGCGCUAGUUGAACUAGAGGAUUCAUCCUUUACAAAUGCAGGAAUGGGAUCUAAUCUAAACCUCUUAGGUGAAAUUGAAUGUGAUGCCAGUAUUAUGGAUGGAAAAUCACUAAAUUUUGGAGCAGUGGGAGCUCUCAGUGGAAUCAAAAAUCCUGUCUCCGUGGCAAAUAAAUUAUUAUGUGAAGGGCAGAAGGGAAAACUAUCUGCUGGCAGAAUUCCGCCUUGUUUCCUAGUUGCUGAGGGAGCCUUCAGAUGGGCAGUGGAUCAUGGGAUAUCAGCCUGUCCUCCAGGUGUCAUGGCAACAAGACUUAGUUUAGCAGCUUUUAAAAGGAACAAGAGGAAACUAGAGCUGGCUGAAAAAGUAGAAACAAAUCUUUUUCAGCUGAAGAAAAGACGACAAACAAGUGAAAAGGAAAAUGAGUCAGAAACGUUGGACACCGUUGGAGCAAUUGUUAUUGAUCAAGAAGGAAAUGUUGCUGCCGCCGUGUCCAGUGGAGGCUUAGCUUUGAAACAUCCUGGGAGAGUUGGUCAGGCAGCUCUUUAUGGAUGUGGUUGCUGGGCUGAAAAUAUGGGAUUUCAGAAUCCUUACUCUACAGCUGUGAGUACCUCAGGUUGUGGAGAGCAUCUUGUGCGGACAUUACUGGCCAGAGACUGUUCAUGUGCUUUGCAGAAUGAAGAUGCUCAUCAAGCUCUGCUAGAAACUAUGCAAAACAAGUUUAUUAGUUCACCUUUUUUAGCCAAUGAAGAUGGUGUUCUGGGAGGAGUGAUAGUUCUCCGCUCUUGUAGGUGUUCUGCAGAGCCUAACUCUUCACAGGAUAAACAGUCUCUAUUAGUAGAGUUCCUGUGGAGUCAUACAACAGAAAGCAUGUGUGUGGGAUAUAUGUCAGCACAGGAUGGCAAAGCUAAGACUCACAUUUCAAGGCUUCCACAUGGAGCUGUGGCAGGACAGUCGGUAGCAAUUGAAGGAGGAGUUUGUCGAUUGGAAAGCCCAGUGAACUGAACCACUAUGUCAUGGGGUCAGCACAAAUGCUAUUUGUAUAAUAAGAUCCUUUGUGUUUUAAGAGAGAGUGAGAUUUCUAUUAUUUUAUAUACUUUAUUGCAACCACAUGCACCCUAACUUGAAACAAGUGCUGCUGUAGCUUUAGAUUCUAAAAAUUUGUUUGAAUGUAUAUGAGAACACAUCUCCCAGGAGAAAAGAAAUUCGGUUCUCGCUUGCUUGAAAUAUUUUAAUGUUAGAAAAGAUUUUAUGAGCUACUUAAUCAGUCUGUAAGACAAUAACGUCCCAGAAAGAAAUGGUUUUAAAAAAUAGAAGGUAUGCUGAUCACAAAUGCUAUAUUGAGAACAUACAGACUACGAAGUGAGUUGAAAUAAACAAGUAUCAGAAUGUACUCAAUACUAUUUGAUAGUCUCAGGAUGGUCCCAUGAUUGCUUACGCAUACCCUGAUUUUCCAAUGGGAUAUAAUAAUUUCUUUCUAGCAAAGAGGGAUUGAUUCCAGUGAAACAGUCUAGGACAGGGUUUCAGCCAGACUUUUUAUGUUCAGUUAUUCAGUUGUACUUAUUUUGGCUUAAAUGUUACAUAGCUUAAAGCUUUUAUGUAUUAUGAAAGGCUUUGUAACGGUAACGUACAGUCUUUACUUUGUAUAACUGCAUAUUGGGAUGUACAUAAGAACAACAUUUAUUGAAAGAGUUAGUACUAUUCUUUGGUUUAAAUAUAUUAUGAAAGAAUAAUAUAGAAAUAAACUAUUACUGGACAAUGCAAAAUGUAUUAAAGUGGUGAUGUAGAGGAACCUAAUUCUAGCUUUCUUCUGUUCCUUAAAUUUCAAAGUUAAGGUAAAUGGGUAUGCAUGUGUGCAAUUAAAUUUACAUGUAAUGUAAGUGGUGUUACAAGUGGCCUUUUAAAUAAUUUAUGCAGCCAGAAUCUAUGGAUGGUACAUAUUUUCAUAUAAUGUAUGUUGUAAAUAUGGUUGGAUUUUUCUGAAAUUGUUUCAGGAUCUUCAGGUUUCUUUCGAUAUGUAUUUGGGUGUAAUGGCUGUAAGACAAUCCCUUAAAAAAAAAAAGUCUAGCAAAUGAGCUAUUUGAAUAUUACCAAGAGAUGAUAUAGCCAUUCUUUAGAAGUACUUGCUCAACAACCUCCAAACUAUUGUUAAACAUCUGCACUGUACUUGUCCUCUCUAACUGAAGUGUCAACAAACAGUUUUAUAUAAUUAGAAGAAAAUAUUGUUUACAACUGUUUCUAAUUUCGUAAAAAAGAUGAACUCGUUUUAUUGUUGAUAUCUGAAUUUUUUAAGCAAUACAAUUCACUAUGAUUUCUAGUCAUUUCAGCAGAGGCACAGAUGGCUUACAAAUUGUUGCCACAAAUAGCUGUCCAGAAACACAGUAUGUCCAUAAAUUCAAUAUUUUAUCACUAGACUCAUUUGAAAGUGUACAUUACAACUGUGCCACUCAUUCUUUCAAUCAUUCAUGCUUCAGAGGAAGUAGUUCUUUAUAGUUUGAGAAAAGCUAGUUUUUGAAGAAAAAAAAAGAUUGAUCCUUUAUUGUGUCUAUUUUAAUACUGAUCAAAAGUAAAGUAGUUAGUUUAACACACCCUUAGAAAUAUGUAGAUGGCAGACAGGGAGAGAAUUAUAUGUUAUGCUACUUAAUUUACUAUGCACAUAGUUUGGAUUUUCCUAAUAGUAGCCCUUACCUCUGGACCAAAAAUAUGACACAUGCUAUAUUUGCUUAAUUCUUGCAUCGUGACUUUAUCACUUGCCCAGUUAUACAUUAUAUGAAGACAACUCACCAUAGAAAACCCGAUCCAACCACAGAUUCUUACUUUGAUGAUAUUUCUACUCUCAUAAUGGCAAAUAUUUUUUUUUUAUUCAGUAUCUUAAAAAUAUUGAAAAUGUACACGUCACUACUAGGAUAGUAUCGUCAUCUGUUUUGAGCACUUUGGUAUGUAUGUCAUUAAAUUACACUUCAAGGUAGAUAAUCUGAUGGGUUUAUAGUAUUAUGAAAAUAUCCAUGAAAAAGGAAUGGAUGUGUAGCAGAAAAAGUUACCAAGUGUAGGUGAUAGGAUCCUAUCCCCCUCUGUUCAUUAGUAAACAGAUUAUUCAACAUUGAACUAAAAUAUUUGGUCCUGAAACAUUUUUUUAAAAAAGAAAGCUAAAUCAUUAUAAAGGUUGUAAAAGUUCAUUCUCCAGCGUGACGAGUGGAGAAUCCACCAAUGGGUUAACUUCGUCUUCUGCCCGCAGACUAGUCGUCCAAUUUUUCUCCACCUCUCCUCUUGGAACCUCCCUGACCCAGUCUCGACUAGUCUUGAGCCCGUUUAGACUGAAUUCUUGACUCCUGAAGUGAUUCUUCUUUAAGGUCGUAUAUUUUGGUCAAUCCGUGGUGGGGGAGGUACUGCAAGAAGGAACGGCUGUUCAUUUGAGCCCUUUCUGCUGCCGGAUUGCAGUUCAACCACGAGGCUGGCCUGAGCCCAGCCGAUCACCAGACAAACAAGGAACCGGACGCCAUUUCCCGGUCACCAAGUGUGACCCUGAACAAAGGGAGAGACAAUCUCAUUUCCCCCCCCCCAAACCAAUCGUCCCACAAAGCUAGCCAGGAUAGCCAAAGCAAAUUCGGAAUACAUUAGCAUAGCUGAUCAGCGGGCAAUUUAAACCUCCCGCAGAUCAUAUGGAAGUUGGCGAGCCGCGUGGGAACAAUAGGGGGCUGGUGAGCUGCAGAGGAAUAUCAUAGCUCUCCAAGGCUCUUGCCCUAAAUUCAACUAAAGACCUCGAAGGUUCCUGUUAUUUUCCAUUGCCUGAAGCGGGGAUUAGCUGGUCGGCGGAGGACUUUUAAACUCCGCAGCUCCCUCACAGAGUUUCCCUGCAUCUCUGCAACUCCCUUGCAACUCACGCUGACCGUAUUCCACUGAAUACAAGCACAGUUGUUUUUUUCUUUGGGCAGUCUCCAGGAAAUUCAGUUGAGGGAGACACGAGAGAGACUUGGGUUUGACCAAUAACAACCUCAACUCACCCAAGCUCAAUCCUUCUUCCUAGCCACAUAGGAAUAAUAAUAAUAAUUAAAGUAAUAAUAAUAAUUAAAAAAAUAAAAAAUUGAUAUUAAUAAUAAUAGUAAUAAUUGAAGAGCAUAAGACAUAGAUCAGCUCACAAUUACCCUGAACCAGACCGGAAUUGAAUUUUAUUCCAGUUAAGAAUGGCAGAUACCAGCACAGUUCAAACAGUGCAGGAACCUGCCACCACCAGCCCACCUGCUCGUAAAAGACAGAGAUCACCCAAGCAGGAGGUGGCUAGGAAGAUCAAGGCCAAGGCAACAUCUUUGGAAGGCCUUUUGGAAGGCCAAAAGGCCUUCCAAAACAGCGGAUAGGGAGGCUAAGCGACAUCACCAGGCUCUAGAGAGACAAUUCUCGCGAGCCGAAAGGAGACAAAACUCCACUGAAGAUGAAUUGGAGCCACCCAAUUACAGGGAGGAGGAAAUUUUUGGCACAAGAUAGCCCAGCCAGGAACCUCUGGAAACAGAGGCUGAUACGGAACAGGGGGACGGCUCUCCCCUAAGCAAAGGGCCUGGAGAUCUGGGUUCAGAAGCAGUCACCCAUCGCUCAGAUAAUCAUGGAGCAAUGUCUUCAGAGCACCUUCAAUCCCUGAUAUCUCAGGCUGUCGCACAGGCCAUGGCCUCCUCAAGACACCAUUGUUCCAGAACAAGGUCUGUGGCCUCUAGGGAUGGCUCCUGCUUUUCUCAAGGGGAGCCUCUGAGUACCAAGACUCUAUUUCCUCCUCCAGGUCCUCCAGAGGCAGGAGAUCUCCUGCAGAGGACCAUGAGCUGACAGAUCAGAGACUGUCUGACGAAGAGGAUGUAUCUCCAGAUCCUCUCCCGUUUGUAGGACUGUUCUGUCCUUAUUCAAGACGCUGCUACAUAAAGCCAGUGGCACUGCAAAUAUAGAGAGGACCCCGAUUCCGCAGAAAGAAACCUCCACCAAUCCCUCAACUAGUAAGGUCACAAACAACAAAGUGUUUUCACAGCCCACCUAUACCCAACACUUUGUCCCCUGUCCACCUCUCUUCUUUGAUUCUGUUCAGAACAACAUGGGGGCACCAGAUUCCUUCCUCCCAAUGGGGAGGGAGGCAGACAAGAAAAUGUUCAACAUAAAUCCGGCACUAUCAGAGAUAAUAGAAGUGCCAACAAUAGAUGAACCCAUUUCAACCCUCUUUUCUCCACCCUCGAUAGCCGGGGAUGCAGCGGAGGCCCUGAAAUCAGAAGACAAGAAGAUGGACCUCAUCUUCCGCAGGGCACACCAGGCCUCGGCGUGGGCAAUCAAGGCAGGCAUCACUGCUUCCUUUUUCGCCAGGACAUCUCUUCUUUGGCUGCGCCAACUCCAGUCAAGAGUUCCCCCAGUGGAGGAGAAAACUCACCAGAAUUUAAGAAAGUUAGUGGCGGCAGUGAAGCUCAUGUCAGAUUCCUCCUUACACGCAACCAAUUUCUCUGCCAGAGCAAUAGCGUACAAUGGUGCAUGCAGAUUGCUGUGGCUCAAGCAUUGGAGAGCGGACAUGAAGGCUAAAUGGCGUUUAGCGGCGGCACCCUAUAAGGGUGGCCGGCUCUUUGGCGAGGUGCUUGACCCUUACCUAAUUGAAAAUAAGGACAAACGCAAGAUCCUGGCCCACCUGACAAAAAGGAUGGAGAGGAGAGCUCCCUCCUAUUCCCGCAGACCGGCCUUCCGACCUGAUGCAGGCAUGGAUCAGGGGACCUUUUCCCGUCCCUAUCAGCCCAGAUCGGACCGUCAAGGUGAGAGAAACAAUAACAGGGACAGGUUCAGACAACAGGCCCAAGCAAGACGGCCCUUUUGAGGAGCCGGGGGGCAUCCCUACCGCAGAUCCAAGUGACGGCCCAGGGGGCCCCCCAUUGGUGGCCGACUAGCCCUUUUUGCUCACAAAUGGCAAGCCACCACUACGGACCUCUGGGUCCUAAAUACUAUCAGAUUUGGCCUAUCCCUAGAAUUCCUCUCAACACCCCCGAACCGGUUCAUUCCUUGCCUAUCUCCAAAAGAUCUGAUCAAGAAGAACCUCACCAAGGAGGCCAUCCAACACCUCCUGGACAUUCAAGCUAUAGAACCAGUAGAAAGAGAUCAGUGGGGACAAGGAUUCUAUUCCAUCCUAUUCAUAGUCCCAAAGAAUUGGGGGCGGGGGUGGAGAGUAAUACUAGACCUAAAGAGUCUGAAUAGACACCUGGAGUAUAAAAAAUUCAAAAUGCAAACCCUUCGCUCGAUAUUAGCAAGCAUUAGGAAGGGGGACCUUCUGACGUCCAUAGAUCUGACGGAGGCCUACCUUCACAUUCCCAUACUUCCGGAUCACCGGAGGUUCCUCAGGUUCUACCACACAGGUCAACACUUCCAAUACAGGGCCCUACCUUUUGGACUUUCUUCAGUUCCCAGGGUGUUCACAAAGGUAUUGGCAACAAUCGCCGUGCACUUGAGAACAAUUCCGGUGCGCAUCCAAUGCUAUCUGGACAACAUUCUUAUCCAAUCCUCAUCGGCCCAGACAGCACAGUCAGACCUGGCACUGACUCUGAAAAUCCUUCAAGACCACGGGUUCUCAGUAAACUUUUAGUCAGACCGUUCCCUCAAACUGUCUUCUUCAUCUGGGAGCGGUCAUAGACACACAAAAGUGCACGGUGCAUCUCUCUCAGGACCGUCAACACAGCAUUCGAACCCUGGUCAGGCUCAUCCGAAGGAAACGGUCCUCAACGCUGGCUACACUCUCACAGCUGCUAGGAAAGAUGGUGUCAUGCCUCACAAUCGUACCUUGGGCAAGGCUACUCUCCAGAGAUCUCCAGUGAUUCCUACUUCCGUUCCAAAGAGUGGGGAUAGGCUCCUCAAACCAAAGAGUGAAGGUGCCACCAAAGGUCCUGAGGUCUCUCCAGUGGUGGUCCUCCCCAGCGAUGGGGAAGGGACACUUGUUUCUGCUAAUGAGGAAAUGAAACUAGUAAUUUUAGACCCUCCUUCAGGAUGCGAAUUUAGGUAAGGGAAGCCUAAAGAAUAGGCCUGGUGCUGUGAUACAUAGAGCUUCAACUGGAAAAUUAGUAAAAUUACUGCUAGCUUUGUUUUUUUAAGUUAAAGGGUCCAGGGAUUGGGGAAUGGGACAACUCGCCAUGGGACAACUCGCUGCAGGACAAUUUAACAAUUCUUAUUUAAAAUAAAAAUUAUUUUAAUUUUUGCCAUUCACAUUUCAUUCUGUCUCUCCUUUUGCAUCCUUUCUUUAACAAUCUAUUCCACUAUUUCUUUGAUAUUAGUGUAACUCUCGUCCCGCACUGAAUUGUUCUGUGGCAACCUGGCCGUGGGCGAAUUGUCCAUGGCAAAUUGGCCAUGGUGAGUUAGCCGUGGCGAACUGUCAUGGACCCCCAGGGAUUGUCUUUUAAUGUUAAGAACAAGACAAAAAUAUCAAAGAUGAAUGAAUUCCAACAGAAGGGAGCCACACAGUCUCUAAUAGCGUGUCAUUUUUUUUUACUCUAAACAAAUAACAUGUAAUUCAAUGAAAAAUUGUACUUGAAAAUUGAAAUGCUAAAGGAAUGACAAUAUGUGAAGUUGCAUUGUAAAUACACAUUGUUUGUGAACUGUUGAUUUAGGGUAAUCGAACAAUUACACUGGUAGAGGCAGUAGACAGGUUGGAGCUGUAAUAUUCUGUUACUUUUUUUAACAAGAAUAUAAUCUAUGUUAUUUUAUCUACAGUAAAAAUGUAUGUGAACGUUAAAAAAA